GAAUAGGACAGAGGAGGAGAGAGGCUGUAUUCCGGAGAAGGGCCGGGCCGCCAUUAUUGGGAAGCUGUAAAAAAAAAUACACUUACACACUAUCAUACAUUUGGACAGUCUGGGAAGUGAUACUCAUAGGAAACACAACAUUUAGGGUUGCAAAUAUUAAAUGAGCACUGCGCAUCACCUAACACGGCAUAUUCUGUGUACGCGUAUGGGCAGACGUGUAUAUUGGACACAACAAAGGAAAUAACAAUUGGUCAAAACAACGUGGUGAACCAAGAGGCAAACACAACGACUCAAGCCGUUCUAACGCCCCCUCUUUCCUAACGCGAACAUUCAGCGGGCAAGAAACUGAAGUCCGACUGCAUUUUUCGAGAUAAUUUAGAUAAUUUUGUUGUGUGCACAGGGAAGAGGAGGAACUCAACAUGCAGAUGGUACCGAAAACUUAAUACGCUACUUGUGAAAAUUGAGACUUGAUUUCAGGGGAAAGAAAUAUACCAAGUGUCCAAAAGGGAAAUAUAUAGAUUUAUGUGACUGUUAGAGGAGUAGAAUUUCCUCUCUUUCUUAAUUUAUAUUCUCGAGACGUUGGGAGUGCUGUUUUUGCGAGUUGCGACGGAGGACAUUGGAGAGAACGGAGUGAACGAGAGAAGAGGGAGGAAUGCUAUGAGUCGGACCCAAGGCCAGUAAGAAUCUUUGCAUGGAAAGACCGUCCUGCAGCCUCCUCCCUAGAGCUUGUGCGCAUGGCAGGAUGAGUGUCUGCGUUCGAUGAUGAUGGCAAAAAAGCAAGAUGUGAAGGCGCCCACCUACAACCUGGUCGUGGUGGGCCUGUCCGGCACAGAGAAAGAGAAGGGGCAGUGUGGCGUAGGCAAGUCCUGCCUGUGCAACCGCUUCGUCCGUCCCAGCGCAGACGACUUUUACCUGGACCACACCUCCGUGCUAAGCACCAGCGACUUCGGAGGACGCGUGGUGAACAAUGACCACUUCCUGUUCUGGGGGGAAACGGGGCGGGUGCUGGAGGAGGGGCCGGAAUGCAGGAUGCAUGUGGUGGAGCAGACAGAGUUCAUUGAUGACCAGACGUUCCAGCCACACCGUUCCACAGCCCUCCAGCCUUACAUCAAGAGAGCAGCUUCCAACAAGCUGGCCUCUGCAGAAAAGCUGAUGUACUUCUGCACAGACCAGCUAGGGCUGGAGCAGGACUUUGAGCAGAAGCAGAUGCCUGAGGGGAAGCUGAUGGUGGAUGGCUUCCUCCUCUGUGUGGACGUCAGCAGGGGCAUGAACCGCAACUUUGACGAACAGAUGAAGUUCAUCACUAAUCUCUACAACCAGCUAGCCAAGAACAAGAAGCCAGUAGUUCUGGUGCUCACCAAGUGCGACGAGGGGGUGGAGCGCUACAUCAAGGACUCGCACACCUUCGCCCUGGCCAAGAAGAACCUCCAGGUGGUGGAGACGUCAGCACGUUCCAACGUCAAUGUAGACCUGGCCUUCCUCACUCUGGUGCAGCUGAUAGACAAGGGCCGGGGCAAACCCAAGAUCAUCCCCUACUUUGAGGCCUUGAAGCAACAGAGCCAGCAGAUCGCCUCGGCUAAAGACCACUACGAAUGGCAGGUCAGCCGCAUCGUGAAGAACCACAAUGAGACGUGGCCCAACAUAAACCAGCGCAUGCAGACCUCUCCAGAGUACAAGGAGUAUGUCUUCCUGGAGGGCACGGCCAAAGCCAAGAAGCUCUUCCAGCAGCACGUCCACAGGCUCAAACAGGAGCACAUUGAGCGAAGGCGGAAGGUCUAUCUCAGCACCCUGCCUCAGGCACUGGUUUCCCUAGUCCCUGCGCUGGACGAGAUCGACCACCUGAGCUGGUCCGGGGUCCAGAAGGUUCUGGAGACCAAGCGGGACUUCUCCCAUUGGUUCGUUGUGUUGGACGACACCCCGUGGGAGACCACGCCACACAUAGACAACAUGGAGGACGAGAGGAUUCCAGAGGAUCUCCUGGAGACCCCUGCGGCCGAGACGAUUUAUGAGAGCCACCUGGAGCACCUGAGAAACGAGCGCAAAAAGGCGGAGAUGAAGUGGGAGUUCAAGGAAAAGCUCAGUGCCUCUCCCUUUAUCACAGCAGGCAAGCCCUGGGAGGAGGCACGCAGCUUCAUCAUGAAUGAAGACUUCUAUCAGUGGCUCGAGGAACCAGAGUACCUAGACAUCUACAACAGGCACCAGAAGGAGAUCAUCGACCGAGCCAAGGAGGACUUCCAGGAGCUACUGCUGGAGUACUCAGAGCUCUUCUAUGAGCUGGAGGUAGACGCCAAGCCAAGUAAGGAGAAGAUGGGGGCCAUCCAGGAGGUGUUGGGGGAGGAGCAAAGGUUCAAGGCCCUGCAGAAGUUACAGGCAGAGAGGGACGCUUUGGUGCUCAAGCAUAUCCACUUUGUCUACCACCCCACCAAGGAGACCUGCCCAAAUAGCCCCCACUGUGUGGACUGUAAGAUCGAACAGGUUCUAGCCUCCAAGUUCCCCACUCGAUACUCCUUCUUUGAUAGCCAUAAACCGGGUGACGGGAACGCAGAUCGGAUUAACCUGGUUAUUCUGGGUAAAGACGGCCUAGGUAGAGAACUGGCCAAUGAGAUCAGGGCUUUGUGCACUAAUGACGACCGGUACGUGCUGGAUGGGAAAAUGUAUGAGUUGUCCCUCCGGCCCAUAGAAGGCAACGUUCGGCUGCCGGUCAAUUCCUUCCACACACCUACCUUCACCCCCCAUGGUGUCCUGUGUCUCUACAACUCUAAGGAGUCACUAUCCUACAUUGUGGAGAGCAUUGAGAAGCUCAGAGAGUCCACGCUAGGCAGAAGGGAAAACAGUCUAUUUCAGCUGCCCAUGAACCUUCUCCUAGUCACCAAACGGGGAGUAGGGUCCGUCAGGGACAUUGGGGGGGAGACGGCCCACACACUUAUCCUCCAGGGGCAGCAGGUGGCUGGGAAGCUACAGUGUGGUUACCUAGACCCCGCCUCCCCUGGGGUGGGCUAUGGACGCAAUGUGAACGAAAAGCAGAUCAACCAGGUGUUAAAAGGUCUGUUAGAAUGCCGUAGGCCCCCUGGGAGCAUAGGCAGCAGCUCCCCUCCUUUACCCCCUUCCUUCAGAGACUCUCACUCCCAGCCCAUCCCUGAGACAGACCUGCGGAUAGUCAUGUGCCUGAUGUGUGGGGACGAUUAUGACGUGGAGCAGCUCCUYUCGCCUCUCCUGCUGCCCCAGCACUGUCGGCCGGCCUCCAGCCUGAGCAGUGGMACGUCCGUGCUCCUAGAGCUCACRGUGGGGGCYCAGAGGCACACCAUCGACCUYUCCCUGCUCUCCUUCCACUCCUCAUUUGCCCUACGGAAGAGCCGGCUGGUGCACGGCUACAUUGCYGUGUAUUCKGCCAGGCGCAAGGCGUCCAUGGAGACCCUGUGUGCGUUCCUGUGCGARGUGCAGGACAUCAUCCCCGUGCAGYUGCUKGCRGUGGKGGAGAGYCAGGCUGAGCUGUCGGACUCCGAGGUGGCCAGGGAGCAGGUGAGCCAGGGGGAGGAGCUGGCCCGGGAGAUCGAGGCCAGGUUUAACACAGURGUGUGUGGGCCYGGAGGGGUGGUGGGAGGMCUGCACAGGAUAGACCUCUUCCAGCCCUUCCUGAAGGAGGUUGUGGAGAAACGCACCAUWGUGGAGGCCACACACAUGUACGAUAAUGUAGCAGAGGCCUGCACCACUGAGAGYAUGAGCCCGGCCCGCUGCAAUUCCCCCAGCCCCAUCAACACCCUGCUAGACUCUGAGGAGGAYGUGGAGCCCUCGCCYCCCUACCCYGAYGKUACCCYCACCUCCCACCUGGGGGGYUUCAAGCUCCCYGACCUGGAGUCCAGCGACGCCUUCUCGGUCAUCUCCGAGAUCAGCACCUUCGAGAGUAAGCUCAACAACAAGGUGCCCCCGCAGGUACGGCCCAAGCCCCCCGUACGGAAAGUCAACCUGGGGCCCUACAUGGACCAGCAAGGGACCAACCGCCGCUCCUUACCCCCUGCUGUCACCUGGGCGCCGGGCAGYGACGGUGGCUACGACCCCUCGGACUACGCCGAGCCCGUGGAUGCCGUGAUCAAACAGCGGCCCACGGAGGAGGAGAGCAUCUACUCGGUGCCCCAUGACAGCACUCAGGGCAAGAUCAUCACCAUCCGCAACGCCAACAAGCAUUCUAACGGCGGGGGCAAUGGCUCGGAUAGYGAGGCUGACAGCAGCUCCCUGGAGCGGAGGCGGAAGAUGUCUGCUCUGGGGGUGAAGCCGCGGCUGUACCGUGACCGCUCGAAACGCCUGGGCAAGUUCAGCAGCUUCCGCACUAGCUUCUCUAUCGGCAGUGAUGACGAGCUGGGGCCACCCAAAGCACCAGAGGAGCUGGGCGGGGCGCACAAGGGGGACAACUCUAUUAACGAGGAGGGUGAGGACCCCAAGAGGAGGAACAUCCUCAGGAGCCUGCGCAGAAACACCAAGAAACCGCGGCCCAAGCCCAGGCAUUCCUUAUCCAAAGUAGAAAGCAACUACUUUGGCGUGCCAUUGGCCAGCGUGGUGACACCUGACCGACCCAUCCCGCUCUUCAUCGACAAGUGCAUCCGAUAUAUCGAGGCAACAGGUAUCACUACUGAAGGGAUCUACAGGGUGAGUGGGAACAAGUCAGAGAUGGAGAGCAUGCAGAGGCAGUUUGACCAGGACCAUAACCUGGACCUGGUGGAGAAGGACUUCACUAUCAACACGGUGGCCGGGGCCAUGAAGGCCUUCUUCUCUGAGCUUCCUGAACCACUGUUGCCCUACAGCCAUCAGAUUGAACUGGUGGAGGCCUUCAAAGUAUCAACACAGGAUCAGCGGGUUCACGCCAUGAAGGACAUCCUGCGCCGUUUCCCAGAAAACUACGACGUCUUCAAAUACGUCAUCAAUCACUUGAACAAGGUGAGCCAGAAUAACCGUUUGAACCUGAUGACCAGUGAGAAUCUGUCCAUCUGUUUUUGGCCCACUCUGAUGCGGCCCGACUUCACAACAAUGGACGCCCUGACGGCCACGCGGACCUACCAGACAAUCAUCGAGUCCUUCAUCCACCAGUGUGCUUUCUUCUUCUACAAUCAGCCCCUGUCUGACACCCUAGCGGGCACGCCUCCCCCACUGCCACCCUCUCCUCCCACGGGGGAACCUCGGCCUACUCCUCCUUGGCCUACAGCUCUCUCCGUCCCUCACACCCGCCCCGGCCCCUUACGUUAUGCCCGCCACGCCGCCCGUCAUCCCCCACUACGGGCCGCCCCAUACCCAGAUGUCCCCGCCACACACCCCCAGUCCCCCAUUCAGGCCCUGCUGCCCCCCUGCACCCCCAUCACCCCCCCACGGAACAACACAUGCUGUGAGCCAGGGAUGAAGGAAAGAAAGAGAUUAGCGAGGGAGGAUGCAAAAGGUUUGAGAUUCAGAGGGAGGUAUGAGGGGGCGGUGAGAGAAGAACGUAAGUGGGAGAGAUUUUGGUGAGAAAUAUGGAGGGAUAGAGAAGAGAGUGAGUUUUAGGGACAGGGAAAGCAAAAGAGAAGAUGAGCAGGUGAGUGAGAUGCAGUACAUAUAGGGAAAAACUGUUGGGAGAGGGGGUUAUCCAACCCCCAUUGCGUUUAAAGAUAUAUACACACACACAUGACGCAGGGGAGGGGGUGGGAAAGAGGAAUUUUUGAGCCACAAAGCCACGACUUGUCCUCCCAUACCACUGUAGUCUCUUGACUCGUCUCUUCUUCUCUACCACUUCUUCUGCCCCCUUCUCCACUGCCUUUGAGAGUACCUCCCCUCCAACACACACUUUGCUGCCCUCCCACUGGAGCCUCGCCCGGACACCCCUGUGUCAUCAGCCCGUGUCAUUUGGGCUCAGUGAGGGAGUAACACCCAGGGAAACACCAUGUGUCAUGUCCCUCCCCAAACAUAAAAAAACCUUCAGAACUUCUGACCGUAGCUAGCAGGGUAUCUUUGGGGGAAGUGUGGGAAGAGCAUGAACUAUAUGGACCUUCUAGCUGGACUCUAAAACCACUCCCCAGUGCCCCACCUUCCUCGCCUCACCGCCACUCACCGCGAUGGGGCUGUGGAUUGCCAGCGACUGCCCUGUCCCCCCAGGUUGAUCCUGGGUCAAUGUGGAGGAGGACCUAACCAGUAGCUUCUCAGCGUUUAUUUGACCAUUGUUACCAGGAAAUGGACUAGAGGCAGGCUUCACCUCUCCCACAUGGACUAGCUUCCACUUCAAUAGACUCAUUCCUAAACCCCCCCCCCCCCCAACCCCCUCCGCUUCAGUGUCCAUUACAACCAGAGAUAACGCCAAGAACAAAAGUCUCAACUAACUGGAUCUGCAGGGAGGCUGGAGCACGGAACGUUGGGUGCUCUCACACCCUCGGCAUCUUGGGAGAUCUCCUCCGUUCAUUUCUGUCUCCUCUGACCCCAUGCCCCGAGCCUACAAGCAACGCUGAGAGACGUUUUUCUUUUGAUUAAAGAGGAUAUCUUUACUCCCAUUUCUUCCGGAUGUUUAAUGUU